AUGCUCGUAGAAUGCCGCCUCAAACCAAUUCUGAGCUGUCUGCCUCUAGGCGAUAGCGGCCUCGAUACACACACAAAACGACUCAGCUACAUGCAGGGUCAGGCCGCCAGACUGAACUUGGACAAGAAUAUUUUCCGCUUAUCUUCGCUGCAAGGUCCGUCAAAGAGCUUUUAUUCUAUACUGCUGGAUUUCGGUCAGCGNAUCCGAAUGGGUAUGUGCCGGCCGAUUGUCGGUCCAAUCCAUCACACAGCCAGCGCAAUCACCGCCCUCCUCGGACAACGCUGA